UGAGAUAUUUGACAUUUCCCAAAAUUACCAUUUCUUUUAAAGGCGGGUUAUAAUUGAAAUAAAAUCUACUCACUAUGUCUUCUUUUCAAAAGCGCCCAGGACCUAGUAAUUCUAGCCAGCCAACAGAAAAGCCAAGGAAAGAAUCAAUUUUAGACUUAUCUAGAUAUCAAGAUCAACGGAUUCAAGCUACCUUUACUGGAGGACGUCAAAUUACUGGUGUUCUCAAAGGUUAUGAUCAACUUAUGAAUCUUGUUUUAGACGACGUGGACGAACACUUAAAAAACCCCGAAGACGGCAAACUGUUGGACAAAACUAGGAAGCUUGGUUUAAUUGUUGUACGUGGUACUACUUUGGUUCUCCUAGCUCCCAUGGAUGGUUCUGAAGAAAUACCUAAUCCGUUCUUGCAACAAGAAUAAUUGAAUAAAUUAAAAAGAGAAAAAAAAAAGAAAGCAAAAACAAGAGGAAUCGUUGCUUUUAUAUGUUAUCCUUCAUUUGUAAUGAAAGUGUUUUUUAUUCUACGUAAAUGAAAUAAGUUACAAACAAUCAAUUGAGGUUUUGUCAAUAUUUAUCGUCACCCAUUAUCCCUUUUUCAUCAUGUAUUCCCU